AUGGGAAGCGUAGUUCGUUGGAGCCGCUUCGAGGCAGCGGCCUAUCCGGCAACGAACUACAAACCGGCGCUUCCGUGGUUUCUUUUCCUCCCGCCUCUCGUCCGGGGUCCCGCGGUGCAUCUCGGAGCUUUGCCAAACAAGGGGGAAGAAGAUUUCACUGAAUUCCUGAUCCGAGAAUCAGAGAAGCGGAAACUCCUUGAAGAACUUGGAGAGAGCCGUCUUCCGUAUCUGACGCCGAAAGAUGAUGGCUUCCGUGAACUGUGGAAGAGAAAAUAUUCCAAACUUCUCCUCAGAAGUGCCGAGAAGAUACCUAAAGAUAUCCAUGAGGGAGUUCAAGAAGCUUUUUUGACUUUGCGAAAAUUCGGCUGUUUCUUCCAGGACCUUGUAAGGAUCAAAGGCAAAGAUUUUUUUACCCCAGUGUCUCGAAUUUUAAUUGGAAACCCAGGAUGUACUUACAAAUAUUUGAACACGAGGUUAUUUACUGUCCCCUGGACUGUGGAAAGUUAUGAAAUAAAUUAUUCCCAUCCAGAAAUAUCCCAAGCUUGUAAAGCAUUAAUCAAACUUAAUGACUACAUGCACAGAGAAACGACCCGGGCUUUGCAAGAGCAGAAGUUGACUGAGACAAAAGAAACUGAAGACUGCGCUGUCACCGAUAGGCCUCCGGAUUAUGCUCCUUCGAUUACCGCGACGGGAUCCGCUUUACAAGAUCAAAGCCCUCCUCGCGUCCCAAAGAAUGACUGUAGCGAUUUGAAAGAGAAAUCGUCCUACAACCUGACGUUAUUAAAUUAUAUGGAUCCCCAACAAAUGCCAUUCUUGAAAGAGGAGCCUUAUUUUGGAAUGGGAAAGAUGGCCGUGAGCUGGCAUCACGAUGAAAAUCUGGUCGAAAGGUCAACGGUAGCUGUCUACAGUUAUAGCUGUGGAGACUCUGCCGCUGAUGUUCCUGAGGAAGAAACUUCAAAUGGUAGAGACCCAUCCGUCUGGCAUGUUGGCUUGAAAAUAGCGUGGGACAUCGAGACCCCGGGGCUGGCAGUACCCCUUCGCCCAGGAGACUGCUACUUUAUGCUAGAUGACCAGAAUAUGACCCACCAGCACUGUGUACUUGCAGGCCUGUGUCCAAGAUUCAGUUCUACCCAUAGAGUAGCAGAGUGCUCCAAAGGGACGCUGCACUACAUUUUGGGCCAAUGCAACAAAGCGCUCCAGAACCUACAAACCGACACCGAUUUGAAGGGCAGGUCUUUGCAAUCUCUGGAUGUCGCAGUCAUAAAACGAGCGGAGGAAAUUCAUAAUGAGGUUGAAUUUGAGUGGCUGCGGCAAUUCUGGUUCCAGGGUAAACGUUACAGGAAGUGUACCGAGUGGUGGCACAAGCCAAUGGAUUCCCUGGAAGAAUUUUGGAGAAAAAUGGAGCUCAUGACGAGCCUACUGCUCGGCGAAAUCAGGAAAGAACAGAUGGAAGAACAAAAGAAGGAAAGGAUUGACUGCGUCUUGCCCCUUCUUAUCCAACGACACGAACUGCGCAAGGAAUGGCUGGGGAG